UGCAGUGGCUUCCUUUGCUGCCCGAACUCAGAUUAAAGCAGGGACGUGACGGAGCUGUGGUGCUGUUGAAGACGCCGCAACUGCCGAAAUACGGCUAAUUAGAACAGCAUUAUUGCUCGAGAACGGCAAUUUCCUAUUUUUAACAAAUAUUUCUUCAUUUGGACGAAGACGCAAGCAUGAGCUGGCAGGGCUACGUGGAUAACCUGAUGUCCGAUGGCAGCUGCCAGGACGCCGCCAUUGUUGGGUACGCGGACGCCAAAUACGUCUGGGCAGCAUACGCCGGCGGUACCUUUAACAACAUCACGCCCACAGAAAUCGAUGUGCUAGUAGGAAAGGACCGAGAAGGUUUCUUCACCAAUGGCUUGACCCUAGGCUCAAAGAAGUGCUCCGUCAUCCGAGACAGCCUUCAAAUUGACGGUGACUGGACAAUGGACAUCAGGACAAAGAGUCAAGGUGGAGAGGCCACAUACAACAUUUCUGUAGGCAGAGCAGGCAAAGCAUUGGUUUUAGCCAUGGGAAAGGAAGGUAUCCAUGGAGGGCAGCUCAACAAGAAAGUGUUUGAGAUGGCAGAAUACCUGAGGAAGUCUGGAUAUUAAAUGCAGCCUCAGCCCAUUCUCCCCCCAGCCGCUCAUUCUUAUCAACCCUGUUACGUAUGACAGUGCAUACUGUUUUAGAUGAUAGAUGCUUUUUCGCCCAUUCUCCUUUCUGAUUUUUUUUUUUUUUUCUCUUUCUUUUUUUUGGGGCCCUAUUGUUAUACACCACUCCCCACCCCACCACCUCCUCAUUUCUCCCUCCCUUCAGUCUCCCUCAUGCAUUUACACUGUGUACCCCCAUUUUUUUUGUUCUAGCACUACAUUUGCACCAUUAUUAACGAUAAGCGUGUUAAUGGGACAGUGACAAAUCUGUACUUUAAAAAAAAACACUUAAAAAAAACAAAACAAACAAAAACUCACAUUCUGGCCACUACUUCGGUGUUUAACGUUGAAGGAUAAUGAGACAAGAAAGCUUAUAUGAAGAAACCUUUGCUAGUAUGACAAGUCGUUCACAAUUCUGACCAAUGCCUUCAUUUUCGAGCACUUGAGCAGUUAAACCGGGCUCACAUUGUCUUCCUUGUCUGGAGGGGGGCAACUGUAUGCAUAUCUUUGAGCCUACUCAACUGCCUUCAUUUACAUUUUCUUUGUUUUAAGUUCAUUUCUCUUUCGCUGCCCCCAAACACCACUUUUUCUCUGUGUUCCCUGUAAAACACUACUUUUUAGUUUAACUACUAUGUAGGUGACACUCCAUCGCUACGUGAGGGGGGGGGGCUAACCCUCCGUCACUAAGCACUAGCCUAUACCUUAAGAUCUGUUUUGCCCUCUUCCCCCUUUUUGAUGUCACUACCAUAUAUGGAAUAAUUUGGGAGGGUUGGUUGUACUCAGAAUGCAGUCUGCUUAGCGACUGGUCAGGCACCUGAGUCUAGUGAUAUUGUUGAGAUGCUGAUUGGAUCUCCUCCCAUGUCUUCAUUACAUCGACUUUACAAUCUCCAUGGACAUUCCAUCGUUACAAUAGCUCAGGCACUUACAAAUAAAAAAAAAACUUUGCCAGCUCCUGUAAUAUAUUUCCUUUUUUUAUUGUCUAAAAAGGCUGCCAUUUUGGACAGUAGGUAUCCCAGCGUAACCAUCUGGAGUGUGUCCAGUUUGAAUUCUUUUCAUAGGACCAAUUUUAGUCACAGCUUGGGUAUUGACACAAUGGCUAUAACUCACUAUGAUGGAUGAUUGCUAGCUUUAUCUUAAUUUUUUUUCUGACUGUUUAACACUAACACAAAAAAUAGCACUCUUGUGACCACAGAAUUGAAGUGUCAACAGAUUGAGUCGCAGUCUCAUUCUUUUUUUUUUUUUUUUUUUUUUUUUUUUGAACCAGUAAUCUUCUACAUUUGUAAACCCAUGCUGUGUUAUGAAGCAAAACUGUUGAAUAAAUUGCCUCGUUGAAGUCAUCAACUAAGAUGUGAUAUCCACCUGUCUGUCAAACCUCGGUACUAAGUAUGUCAUGUCCGAAUAAUCCAACCCUUACAAAAAAAAAAAAAAAAAAAAAGUCAAAAACAAGAAAAAAAAAAAAAUAUGUAGAAGUGACAGUCAGCUUAAUGGGAGAUGGUUAUUGGUUGGAAUAAGAACUUUGGUUGUCUUGUGGAAACUUACUACAACAAUUUUGUGUUACCCUGUGCCAUAAUGUAGACCUACUAUGUUGCUAUUGUGAGGAUGGAUUUGAUCUGCUGUCCAGUAAAUGGAGUCAGUGAAUUUCAUUGACUCUUUAUCUAGGGAUUGUUUAGCAUCCGCUCAGCUGUCCAGGCCUUGUGGAAUAUAUGUACAGAUUAAAAGAAACUUGUUGCGAAUUUAUUUCAGUUAUUUUCUUUCCCCUCACCUUUUUUUUUCCCCCCCUUUCUUUGUUUCAUACAUCUUGGAUACAGUCUAACACAUCUGAUUUCAUAUGCAUAACCAAGAAAUGCCAUAAAUUGAUUUAUCACCUUGUUUACAGACAGAUCAAAUAAAUUUAUUCCAACCAA